AUGAGUCGUUUAAUUGACAUAGUAAUUUGUUUAGUCAAAGGAGGUAGACCCUUUCGUGGGCAUGAUGAAAAAUCACAGAGUGUAAAUCAAGGUCUUUUUAAAGAGUUGGUUAAAUUUGCUGUCAAAUAUGAUACUGUUUUAAAAAAACAUCUAACAGAAGGUCCAAAACAUGCACUGUACACAAGUAAUCGCAUACAAAAUGAUUUGAUAUCGUCUGUUCAUAAUGUUCUUUUACAAACAUUUAAGACUAAUGUUCAAGAUUCAUUUAUUUCAAUAUUGGCCGAUGAAACCAGUGAUGUGGGUCAUCAUGAACAAAUAUCUAUCAUAGUUCGUUAUUUGACGAAGAAAAAAUCGGCCAAUUGA